AUGGCAUGGUCUGAUCUCCCCAUAGAUAUCCUCCGUUGCAUCUCAUCGUACUUAUCCAUUGUAGAUUUAGUACGACUAUCUGUUGUCUGCACCUUGUGGAAUUUAACGCUUACCAAUUAUGCACUCCUUAGAUUUCAAUGUCGUCCCUCUCCAUGGCUACUCCUUCCCAACGAUGUCGGAGAAGCUUCUGACACACUCACCUUCUACGACGUUACCAUCGAAGAAGAAGAAGAAGUCAGUGUUGGCUACCAACGUCGCUUCUCCUCCCUCAGUAGCCACAUCUAUGGUCGUCGCUGCUUUGGCUCCAAAGAUGGAUGGCUCGUGACCCUUGACAAAAUAGAUCUGCAGCCUCAACUCUUCAACCCUCUCACAAAGGCUGAAUUAUUACUCCCAUCCCUUUUCACCAUCCCCAAAGAUCAUGGGCAUAUAAUUGAGCCCAAAUAUGCCCCUGAUGGCUCCAUCAGGUUUUUUUGUAAUGAAACUUCCUUAUACUUUACCGUGGGUGAAGAAGGCUUACGUGAUAUAUAUUUUCAUAAAAUCAUUGUCUCCUCUAAUGACUUGUUCAGAACUACUGUUGUUAUUUAUGGCUUUACAAAAGCGUUGGCUUUGGCAAGGCCAGGAGAUCAAACUUGGGUUAUUGGCCCACAAUUAGCUCCUUACACCUUGAAGCACAAUGAACAGUUUGAAGAUGUUUACUAUCAUGAUGAAGAUCAAAGGUUUUAUGCAAUCACACAUUUUUCUAUGGUUGUGGCUUUUGAUCUCAAUGGACAAAAUGUUGAAUUAAUAUGCCCGACGAUGCAAAACCCAUGCUGGCGCAACAGACACUUUGAUUACAUGUACUAUAUUGUCUUUUUGUCAGGAAGUCUUCUAAAAAUAGAGAGGGCGAUAAAAAUUUAUGAGGAGAUCAAUCGAACCAAUAAAGUGAAGACGACAGGUUUCAUUAUUUCCAAGUCUGUGCCAGUUGUUGUCGGUUCUUCUUAUUCUUACCCUCAAUGGGUCCCAAUCAAGGACCUAGGGGGUUACUCUCUAUUUGUGGGUUGUAAUCAGACUUUUUACUUGCAUCACAAGGUUGCUCCUGGUAUUAGACCAAAUUGUAUAUACUUUGCUGACCAUUUGAGCAACAUGUUGCCAGAAAAUGUUAGUCAGGAUGUUGGGCUUUUUGAACUUCGCAAUGGGCAGUUUGAGUAUUUUUUUGACUCAGAUUCACCGUCUAAUUGGCCCCCUUCAAUUUGGUUUAUACCAACGCUUUCAAUUUCAUAA